AGCAGGUGGCGCUGAUUGGACAGCGUCGUCCCGGUGCAGCAGCAGCAGCAGCAGCGUCGAUAUAAAUACAGCCCAGAAGCCAUGUAUCAUUUCAUUAAAGAGAAGCAAGAAUACAUGUGUGUUGAGCUAGCGUUAGAAACGUAAAGAGAGAUGCGGUGCCUGUCCAGAUCCCAGAACCGGAGCCGAGUUUACAUGGGAGCCCACUGACACCAAAGAAAGGUUUGCACUUUUCAGCCAGCCGUGGAUCACUACACAUCACCAUGUCUCAUCGAGGGUCCGUAACUGCGGUCAUAUCAGUACUGGGGGCGACCUUAGGAGGACUGCUCAUAUGGCAAGUUUACCGAACAAAAAGGAAGAGGCGGCCUUCCGUCCAGAAGGUGGCUGCUCCUGUGGACUCUCCGUGUCCUGUUGAAAAGGAUUUUACAGCCGUGGAGUAUCCAUACACCAAACUGCCAUGUGUGCUGGAAAAGGAGUUUAAGGCUGUGGAGUGUCAGACUACACAACCGCCUCCUCCUGUGCAGAUGCCCUCGUCUGAACAGCUGCUGCGGGUGAAACCAGUAAUUGUGAGCUCUGAAGAAGAAUGGCAGCAGCUGUGGCCACUGAUGCAAAAAGAUCUGUCAGUGUUCCCUGUGCUGGGGCUGGACUGUGAAUGGGUAAAGACCAAAGGCGUGUCUGUGAAAGGCCGACCCUCUGCAGUCUCCCUGCUGCAGAUGGCCACCUAUUCCGGGCUCUGUGUCCUGGUGAGGCUGCUGGCGUUUCACAGUAGCCAGCAGCCGUUUCCCCUCAGCCUAAUGGAAGUCCUCCGAGAUCCCCACAUUUUGAAAGUUGGCGUUGGUUGCUAUGAAGAUGGCAAGCGGCUGACGCGUGACUACGGCUUGUCGCUGACGUGUACAGUUGACCUGCGCUACCUUGCCUUAAGACAAAGGCAAGCUAAGGUGAAUAAUGGCCUGAGUCUGAAGUCUUUGGCUGAAGACCUGUUGAAUAUAUCUCUAGAUAAAUCCCUGGAGCUCCGCUGCAGUGACUGGGAGGCCGAUCAACUGACGCUGCAGCAGAUGACUUACGCUGCCAGAGAUGCCCAAGCUUCCAUCGCUCUCUUCCUCCAUCUCCUCUGCCUUUACUCCUCUGCCGGGCCCGACUCUUCCAGCGGGAGCUCUCACUCCGAGUUGGUCUCCCGCUGCCAGGGCCUGGUGGACGUGCCCUUUAGGAGCCGGGGAGACGGAGACGACAGGGCCUCUGACGGAGAAAGGAGGCGGAAAAUGCGGAAAACGCCCCCGUGUGAAAGCCCCGAGUCUGGAGAUCAGCAAGUCCCAGACCCUCGAAGGAAUAAGAGGAAGCCUCUGGGUGUGGGCUAUUCUGCCAGGAAGUCUCCACUCUAUGAUAACUGCUUCCUCCAUGCUCCAGACGGCCAGCCUCUGUGUACCUGUGACAAGAAGAAAGCCAAAUGGUACCUAGAUAAAGGAAUAGGAGUGCUCCAGAGUGAGGAGCCUUUUGUAGUGAGGCUGCUGUUUGAGCCGUCGGGACGUCCUGACUCCCAACAGGACUAUUAUCUCACUGCAAAGGAGAAUCUCUGUGUGGUCUGCGGGAAAGAAGAGUCCUACAUCAGGAAAAACAUUGUGCCACAUGAGUACAGACGGCAUUUUCCCACCGAGAUGAAGGACCACAACUCCCAUGAUAUCCUGCUGCUGUGCACCAGCUGCCACGCCGCCUCCAACGUGCACGACGGCUUCCUGAAGCAGCGUCUGGCUGAAGAGUUCGCCGCCCCUCAGGGCUGCGAGGAGGGAGUCCGUCUGCUGGAGGACUCGGACCGGCGCCACGUACGUUCGGCGGCUCGGGCUCUGCUCACCGCCGCGGGACUGCCGGAGCAGCGGCGGGGAGAGCUGCAGGCCGCGAUCAAGAGGUUCCUCGGCAUGAACGAGGACCAGGAGCUGACGGAUGAGGGGCUGCAGCAGGCCGCCGAUUUGGAGACGAGGAUCUUCAACGAGGCGUACGUGGCUCACGGUCUGAAGGUGGUGCAAGCCAGUACCAAGCAGGGCCUGCGGGGCCUGAUGGACCUGGAGCGCCGCUGGAGGCAGCACUUCCUCAGCACCAUGCAGCCUCGCCACCUGCCUCCUCUCUGGGCCGUUGACCACAACCACAGCAAGUUCCUCCGCAAAUACGGAGAGGACCUGCCCAUCAAACUCAACUGACCAGGAGAGGAAACCCUCAUCUGCUAGUUGGAUUUGAAAACUUCCACAGCC